UCUCUCAGGCUCACAGAGACAUGAAGGCGCAGGCACCCUUCCCAGCUCGCUUGUUCUCCAGUCUCCGCCUCGUCCAGGGCUCCCGUGUGUGCGAGGCCUGGCUGCCGGCGGUGUGGGCGGCUCUCCAGGAGCGGCCGUGGGGGUCCCGCUGGCGCGGGCGGGGCGCUGUCAGGUCCCCCCCGGGGGGGGGCGCGGAGCCCGCCAGACCAGCGGAUGGUGGCAGCUGCGCAGGACGACACGGGCCCAUCACGUGGGUGAGCCCUCCCCGCCCCUCGCCGUACGGGACCUACGGGCCGCUGCCGCCGCCGCCCAGGGGACUUCGCCAGUGGCCGUGCCGUGCGCCGCAGCUCGGAGGGUCCUGCCGCCGCCCAGAGCCUCGGCGACCCGUCCCCAGCACCCCGACGCCCACUCGCGCUGGGCUUCCGCUGCAGGAGGCGGCCCGGCCCGCAGCCCGAGAGAGAGAGAGGUCUGAAGAAUGAUAGAUUAAUCUGAGAAGGAGAAUGGCACUCUAAAGGUGGAGAUACAAUAGCAGAACACUGACAAAUUUGGAGACUAGAGGGAAGAUGUGAUGUGUACAACAAGGAAGAUUACAGGGCUUGUCUACACUUACUGGAGGAUCAAUGCUGUGGUGAUAGAUGCUGCGGCGGUCGAUUCAGAAGGUCUAGUGAAGACCCGCUAAAUCGACCACUGAUUUCUUUCCCGUCUACUCCUGUACUCCACCUGAUCGAGAAGAGUAUGGGGAGUCGAUUGGAGAGUGUCUCCCAUCGACGUCGCAUAGUGUGGACCCCGUGAUGGUGUAAACUUCCAAAUUUUAAAAUAUAGGAAAGGAAAAAGCAAGCCCAGUUACUUCUUCCAUUCAGAAUGUGAACUUCGUCACUGUAAUUCAGCAUCUGCUGUGAUCCAGGAACCUCUUAAUGCCACCCGGCAAGGGAAUAUAGAGGGGAACAGGUAUCUCCUGAUUCUGAGUCAAAUGCUAACCAAGAGACGUGAAAUCAACAGGAAAUAGCACACAGGAAAAAACAAACUACAGGGGGUUAUCCUGUCUAAGAGUAAAGACAAUGAACUUUGGGGUUCUAUCUAAGGGGCAAACAGACACCCCUUUAUCCUGUACUUAGGAAGUAAACUAACAUCCCAUUUACACUGAUGAAAACAGGACCGUAGGCAGACUUGGUUGAAAACUCUGCAGAGAAAGAAGAGUAUAAAUGCAAAAAAGUGAACCAUUUUCUGGACUGACCACAAUAUAUUGGUAUUUGUACAAAGUAUUUAGAAACUUGUACUUGUCAACUUGCCAAACUGGUUUUUGCUGCACAUCUGACAGGAUGAACAAGCCAAAAAGAGGCUUUUUGUUGUAUUGGAACAAUAGCAACUGCUGCCUGGUUUAAAGUAAACUUAAGACUGCAUGCAUUUGCCUGACGAAAUGAAAGAAGUGGCAUUCUGGUCACCCAAAGAGGUGGCAAAUUGGCUGAUGGAGAAUGCUGUGCCAGAAUACUGUGAACCAUUGGAAUUUUACACUGGGCAGGAUUUGAUCAAUCUAACUAAGGAGGAUUUUAAGAAGCCACCUUUGUCACGUGUGUCUUCUGACAGUGGGCAGAGGUUGUUGUACAUGAUAGAAACUUUAAAAAUGGAGCACCACAUUGAGGCGCACAAAAAUGGGCAUGCCAAUGGGCACCUCAGCAUCAGUACAGAUGUCACCACGAGUGAAAAUGAUUUCAGCACUAAAAUCAAAUUGAAUGGGAUGCCAAAUGGAUAUAGGAAGGAGAUGAUAAAGAUCCCCAUGCCAGAGCCAGAGCGUUCCCAGUAUCCUAUGGAGUGGGGGAAGACUUUACUGGCUUUUCUUUAUGCACUUUUCUGUUUCAUCUUUACCACAGUGACAAUCUCAGUCGUUCAUGAACGAGUGCCUCCCAAGGAGGUGCAGCGUCCCCUACCAGAUGCAUUUUUUGACCGUUUUAACCGUGUACAAUGGGCCUUUUCUAUUUGUGAAAUUAAUGGCAUGAUCCUUGUAGGACUCUGGUUAAUUCAGUGGCUGCUCUUAAAAUACAAGUCUAUUAUUAGCAGAAGAUUUUUCUGUAUAGUUGGCACACUAUACCUAUAUCGAUGUAUUACGAUGUAUGUAACUACACUGCCAGUACCCGGUAUGCAUUUCAACUGUUCUCCAAAGCUCUUUGGAGAUUGGGAGUCUCACCUGAGGAGGAUAAUGAAAUUGCUUGCUGGAGGGGGGUUAUCUAUCACAGGAUCCCACAACAUGUGUGGUGACUAUCUGUACAGCGGCCACACAGUCAUGUUAACACUUACAUAUUUAUUUAUCAAAGAGUAUUCACCUCGGCGACUUUGGUGGUAUCACUGGAUUUGUUGGGCUCUUAGCAUAAUUGGGAUGUUCUGUAUUCUCUUGGCUCAUGACCACUACACUGUGGAUGUGGUGGUGGCUUACUACAUCACUACAAGACUUUUCUGGUGGUAUCACACAAUGGCCAAUCAGCAAGUGCUAAAAGAAGCUUCCCAAACUAACCUCCUUGCACGGGUGUGGUGGUACAGGCCCUUCCAGUACUUUGAAAAGAAUGUUCAAGGAAUUGUACCUCGUUCUUACCAUUGGCCCUUCCCCUGGCCGGUGCUGUAUCUCGGUAGGCAAGCUAAAUACGGCAGAUUGGUGAAUGACACAUAACAGCUGUAAAAAGUGGGGGGAAAGGAACUGUUCAAAGUGCUCAGAACUCCAUGAGAGAAGAUGCCAUAAAAAAGUGAACUGCUCACUAAUCUUUUAUCUUUUAACCAUUACCUUCACCUAACCUGUUCAGUUACCUGGAAAGCACUGUGAUCUUUUUUUUUUUCUCCAAAGGAUCUGCGUUGGACAACAAUAAAGAAAAUUUAACUUAUCAUGCACUGUAUACAUUUCUUGUUAAUAGAUUUGGGAUCUACAUUACCCAUCACCAUGUUCCUUUGUAUAUGAUGCAACAGCAUAAAUGAAAACUUUUAUAUCAUAGGUUCUGGUCUUUCCAGUCACAUCUGGGAAUAAAACAUAUUAUUUUCUUGGGAAAACAUACUUUUCAUAUCUCUUGCCCCAAAGAUUGGGCUGUAAGCCAUUUUCUAGCAAAUGUGUAUAUGAAGGUUUCUAAAUACCUGACUGGGGGAAAAUUAAACCUCUUUCUACCUGUUACACCAAUGUUUCAAAUAAAAUGAUAAGACACAGAAAGGUUUAGUAACUUUUGAUUUUGUAAAAUCUGCAGUGACAGUGUCAAAAAGUGCAAAAAAUAAUAUUCUGUUGUAAAGUGAUUUUCUAAGUAUUUCCUAACUUUAUUUUUCAAAAUAUGUAUGAAAACUAAAUUUAAAAAGAUUUUUACAUGUCAGAGAAAAGAGAGUUAAAAUAAAAAAUGCUUUUCGGAAGAGAGAGAUUUGUCUAUGUUUCUAGUGCCUUUCUUGUCUUGAUUGUAUGGUCAGUAGGCAGUCUUAGAUGUUCUUAUUUAAAAUAAAAUAUUCCAUGAAAACACAAUUAUAUGUACUGUAUACAUUAAUAAAUUUUACAUUUAUAACUAAAUUAAACUGGAAAUUUACUUAUAAUGUUGAAAUUGCUAUUAGUAGGGAAAAAUCAAAUCAAAGGCUCAGAUCUUGUUCACACAUUGUGGGCAGGUCAUAGUAAAAUGUAAGAUUUAAAUUGAUUUUAUUAUCUACUCAGUAGCUGGAUUUUAACUGUCAAGACAACAGCCAUGGAUUCCCUUUUUCAGGAGUUUUACAGCUGAUCACUGACUUCAAAUUGAAUAGUUUCUCCAUCCUUUAAUGAAAAUGUUGUUGAAAAACAACAAAAAUAAUCUAUUUCUUUAAAAUAUAUUUGUGCAGAAGCUGCAUGUACCUCUAAGUUUCACUCCUACCAUACAUACUGUAUGUUUGGGGAAGUAUUCUAUGAUAUCCUUGCCAAUGUGCAGAACAAAAUAGAUUUUUAAGAAUGAAGAAGAUAUCCGUUCUGUAUUUUAUGUGAAGCAGAGUUAUCUUCUGUAGGGUUUUUGUGUAUUCACAAGGUGAUAUUUGUAUUGUAAAACAAUGAUGGUGAAGGAAAAUAAAGAGACUUUUAAAAAAUGUA